AUGAAUUCUGCCGGUGCUAGCAACAGCAAUACACCCGCUCUUACGCCAUCUACUAGAGAAUUCACCCCGAGUUCUUCUACCCCAAAAGCCAUAAAUAGAGGAAAAUCUAAUCCGACAUGGGCACAUUGCAAGGAAGUACCAUCAGCAAAUGGAAGGAAGGGUCUGCUAUGCUUGUAUUGCUCAAAAGUUCUCUUCGGUGGCGGUAUAAAUCAGUUUAAACAACAUUUGGUGGGAUUAAAAGGGAAUGCAGAGUCAUGUCGGAAGGUACCAGAUCCUAUUCGAUUUGAAAUGCAGGAACAUCUAGUUGGGCUCAUGAUGGAAAAGAAAAGGAAGCGUGAUAUGUUAGAUGAGCAAAAUCCAUAUGCUCCAACCUCUAAGCAUGAUGAUGAGAUAGUAGAAAUUGCACCUCUUCAUUCAACAGCAAAAGGGAAGGCAACUCAAGUUACUCAAUCAAAAGCAACGAUGCCGAACAAGAUGAAAAUUAAUUCGUACUUCCAAUCGAGAACAACACUGGGAGCUCAAAGGACAUCCAAGAGUGUUUUGCAAAGCAAAGAAGUCACCGAGAAGUGUGAUCUUGCAAUUUCUAAGUGGAUGCUGGCCACAAGUAUACCAUUUAAUACGGUUAAUUCUCCUUAUUACCAGCAAGCAAACGAUGCCAUUGCUAGCAUGGGGGCAGGUUAUAAAGGUUUGGGAUUUCAUGAUCUUCGGGGAUACUUAUUGACAAAAAAUGUUGAGAAGGUGAGAAAGUAUGUCGAUAGCUACCGAUCUAUUUGGAAAGAGAUGGGCUGCACGAUAAUGACUGAUGGAUGGACAGACCAAUGCAAGAGAACUUUGAUUAACUUUUUAGUUUAUUGUCCUAAGGGAAUUGUUUUCGUGAAGUCUGUCAAUCCUUUAUAUGCUUCGAAGACUGAGGAGAUGCUUUACAAAUUAUUCAAAGAGGUGGUCUUAUUUGUUGGUCAAGAAAAUGUUGCUCACUUUGUGAUUGACAAUGCCGCUAACUACGUGGCUGCUGGUCGCUUGUUGGAGCAGAAGUUCAAGACGAUAUUUUGGUCUCCUUGUGCUGCUCAUUGCAUUAAUUUAAUUCUCAGUGAUAUUGUGCCUGAUUUCGAGCCUGUUGUCUUCGGAGUCGGAGCUUUGCUUUCUUGGAGCUCUCUCGAUCUCUCCUUUUACUGUGCUUGA